CGCAGUGUGAGAGCUGCAGACAGAAAGUAGUCCGGUUCUGAAAAUACUGCAGUGAGGGCGGGAACACACCCAGCAGCAUCUGCACCGAGCGGAGACACAGCCGCAGCAAAAUGUCUCAGAAUGAUAAAGAUCCGGUGCCAGCGCCGGUGGGGAAUCUCUCCCCGGGACAGCUACAGAGUCUGCUGAAGAUGGAGCCAAAGACCCUGGGAGCCAUCCAGGUGGUCAUUGGUGGUCUGAUUCUGUGUCUAAGUGCAUCGGUGCUGCAGGUCCACGAGGUCCACUUCACCGGGGAUGUGGCGCUCUUCCUCAUAGUGGUCGUAGAGGUGACAUUGUCUGGGUCCGUGUUGAUCCACAGCGCCAGAAGGCCGACCCUCCUCUGGGUCAAAGUUGUCCUGAUCCUUCAUCUCAUCAGCGCUGCAUUCGCCACAGCUGCUCUAGGUCUGAUGUCCAAACACCUCCCCUACCGCCAGGACUCGUACCACUGUGAACACUGCCGCAGGCUCGAGCUGCACGCUGUGCAACAUUGUUUCAGGAAAUGCACCGGGCUGAUCGAGCAAAAGUGUAAACUGCUCAUCGAUGGGAUCCUCUGCACGCUGGUCAUCUUCCUAGUCCUGGAGCUGCUGAUCUGUAUCACCGCCAUGCUUUUUGGACUCAGCGUCCUCGCUGCAGGAGGGACAAGGACUCCAAGCCAGAGACCAACCUAUCCACAGAGCCGUCCUCCACAUGUCACACCAGUACCCACUCCUCAGGCCGCUCAGCCUGCCCCAGUGGUACAGGCCAUUCCAGCUGUUCAUGUAGCUCCAGCUGCAGCUGAACCGUCCCAACAGGUUGAGGUUGUUGUGACUGAACCAGACUCUGACCAGGUGGAGGACAUCUCGACUCCACCCACUGAGCCCCAGGUGGAGCCAAUCGAGGCAGUCCCAUAAUGCAAAAACACAGGCUGCUGUGGUGUCAUGUCAGGAUGUAAAAACAGAUGUCAGGUUACCAUAUUUAUUCAGCCGCCAUUUUUCUGUGAUAACAAACAUGGAGGAUGCCGUUCUACUGGUUUGAAAUAAUAGAAAUGUGUGAAAAACGUUUAUCUUAAAGGCUGAUGAGAGACACAGCCCCGUGUACCACUUCGGACAGUAUAAUGUAGGAGAACCUUAGCCGCGGCUCUCUGCUGGGCCCAAACAGUGUUUCUUAACUGGACUAGCCAAAGGACACAACACUACCUUAAGGGGAAAUCAGGACCCAAAUUUAUGAAAUUCUUCAACCACUUAGAUCAACAACUAUCAAAGAUCUACAUGAACACGGUCUGCCUGUUCUUUUUACUCCUUACAUGACACGACUACAGUGUCCAAUGUUCAGAUCAGUAUAAAUAUAUUAUGGUAUGGGAUGGAUCAGUGUUAGUAGAAAUGUUUAUUUAUUCUUCCACUAUAAAUAUGAAUAGAAAAUAAAGUAGCUGAGAGAAAUUUUUAUGAGACAACCACAGGCAGCAAGAAAGUCUUUGUCAGUCUGUGUACUUCAAGGCCAACAGAUCUUUAAUUUCAGAUGAGAAAUACAAAAUCAAGAAACAAGCUGUUUCCUAGUUUCUGUUCAAAUAAAGAAAACCAAACUGCCCAUGGCUUUUCAAGCCGUUCAGUUUAAGGUGAGAAUAAAAAAGAAAACAAAAUGAAAUUGGGUUUUUUGUUUUCCAAACAGAAAGAAAUCAUUUUUUUAUGAUCAAAAAAGAAAAUCAAAGAAUAAAUCACAGGGGCUUUAACAUUCUUUUUUUCCCUAUUUGUAUGACCUGGUGCAGGUGCUGUGAGAAAAGGAUGUUAUUUCACCAGUGUUUUGUUCUUUGAUCCCCUUUUUUUUAUUGGAACAUAAAAACACUAAGAUGAAAAACAUUUCAAUUUGUUCAUUUCUUAAUAAAAAAAAAUUGCCAGUGUUUUGUUUUCUGUUUUUUUUUUCAUUCUUAUUUUGAAAUGAGCACUGUGGGCAGUUUUAAUGUUUGUGUUUCAUAAUAUUAAAUAGUCAUUGUGAAACAUUUUGUUUCUUCAUCUUGGUUUUCUCAUUUCUGAUUAAAAAUCCAUUAGCGGUAAAUACACUGGCAUUUGUAUGUGUGUAUGGAAUAUUCACUUUACUUGUAUGGCGUGCUCACUUUGUCUUCUUUAGAUUUCAAAUGUAACCUGGUGCUCAAACAUCUGAAUCCUCAAUUCCCUGAAACACGUCUGACUGUUGUAACUGUCUUUUUUGGGUUAAGAACCAACCUUUACGGAGUUUAUUUUAUUUAAACUUGUCUUAAAGCCAUCCUAUAGUAUUACAGCCACUAAGCCAGUCCAACCUGCAGUUUUUCAAAUAUGACCAGAUCGCAGCAUGCCAGGGUUUUGCUCCAACCGAUGGCACACAGUUUCGCCCACUAACGCUAUUGCGUGCCAAGGAACGCUGACCUCCGGAGUUAUGUAUAUUUAUCAGACCCUGAACCCAUGUGGGGUUGCCUGUCAGGUUAUCCCGGCCACUUUGGUGACCCUAUGUAACCUUGAGCUGAUUGUUCGCCCCCAUGGUGUUGAUGUCUCAUUCGAAUGUCUGUCCUGUCAACUUUUGAUGGCGCCUUUUGUGCCUACCAUGGUGACCAGGGUAGCACUUCUAGUACGCCCUGGAGACAGAUAGUGAUGUGCUGUGGAAAUAUAAAGACGGACUAAAAUUGGGCGAUUUAUUGUGCAGUGUGCAGCAAGGAAGGCAUGCUGCACAGAUGAAAAUAUGUGGAAAUUGCACAGUUAAGUUCCCAUUAAAUCAUUUAAACCUUUUUUUGCCUCGUAAUUUUUGUACCUAAUGAAAUGCUUUAUUCAGUCUUCAUGUCCUGCCCCCGUUGUUUACAAAAGUCUCACUGCAGUCCUCAGUGUUUGUUCUCAAUUUUAGCACUGUUGGCUACUAAAACACCAAAUAUCCCUAUUUAACCCUCCUGAGGUUUCUCUUUUUAAAAUUAUGAUUUUUUUAAAAUCUGCAUUAUCAAACACUUUGUUCAGUCAUGGGGACUACACUCCAUGGGGUUGGUAUUUGAAUAAUGGAAGCAAAACAUUGUCUGAUAUUUGUCUUGAAUCCUACCUUUCUCAUUAUGAACUCUGUCAUAAAUUCUCUGCCUUAUAUGAUCACGAUAAAAUAUUAAUGAAUAAUAGCAGAGACAACAGGAUAACUAUUGAAUGUUUGGAUUUAAAAAUGUGAUAAGAAAUCAAUUGUUUUUUUCAGAAACAGGCCAGUAAAGAUGCAAUCGUGUACAUCUAUGAUGGAGUGAAAAAGCUAAGCUAACGUGUAAACAAGGUUUAUAAUUGGACGUUUUUCCUUCAGAGGAGUGUUAACACCGUUCUGUGCUGGUUUUAUCGUUUGUAGAAAACACAG